GAGGGUAGAAAAUCCGAGGAAGUUAUGCAUGUGAGGGGUAGAGAAAAUAAUAGUAGACGACAUAGAUCUAAGUCUAGGUCUAAUUCGAGGCGUUGCUAUUAUUGUCAUGAACCUGGUCAUUUCAUAAAAGACUGUCCUAAAUCUAGGAAAAAUGAGCAUAGUGAGCAUGCUAAUUUGACUACGUGUGUAGAUGAUUUAGGUGAUGUUUUUAUGAUGAAAAAUCUAUGUGAUUAUGACUAUUUGAGUUCUGUGAUAUCUGAUUCUUUGGGUAAAUCAGAUUGGGUGGUAGAUUCUGGUUGUAGUUUUCACAUGUCCCC